CCGCGAUGAUCAACUGGGCUGACAUCAGCUAGCGAGCUAGCUAGGAGGUAGCAUGCUGUCGGAUAUAAGUCAACGCUGGUGUUAUUUACGGCGUUUAAAAUAGCAAUGAGACCUUCUCAAAAUAAGUACACUUUGCCCGGUUAGCUUCCCAUUCCUAAGUUGGAGAUGGUAGGUGCCAUGCUGCAGAAGCCUUUACAAGCCUGUACUGGGACAUUUCACCGGGCAGCUCGUCCACUUUUACUGUGAAGAUGCCGGCUGUAUCCCGGGAUAAGGAAGACUCCGAGUCCUCCUCAGAUGACGACCAAGAAGACCAUCCCUGCAUCGCCUGGUGUGGCCUUAGCAAGAAAAUUCCAGUUCUCUUGUUUGUCCCUGAAGCUGCCGUUUCCAAAGAUGGCAAGAUCUGCUCUAUUGGAGAGCGAUACAGUUUGGCCUUUAAGAUUGUGCGCACAGAAAGCCGCCUGGUACGAGGAAUACUCGCCAAUCAUGGAUUCAGUGAGGUUCACCCAAACAGUAAUGACUUUAACCUGAUGUGGACAGGAUCCCACCUCAAGCCUUACAUUCUCCGCAGCCUUCAAGACUUUCAGAAGGUCAACCACUUUCCCAGGUCGUAUGAAUUGACGCGCAAAGACCGGCUCUAUAAAAACAUCCAGCGAAUGCAGCAGACUCAUGGCUUCAAAAACUUCCACAUUGUUCCUCAGACUUUUGUGCUUCCCUCUGAAUACCAGGAGUUCUGCAAUUGUUUUGCUAAGGACAAAGGCCCUUGGAUUAUUAAACCAGUAGCAUCUUCAAGAGGGCGGGGCAUCUACCUGGUCAGCAAUCCAAAUCAGAUUGCGAUGGAUGAAAACAUCUUGGUGUCUCGCUACAUAAACAAUCCACUGCUGAUAGAUGAGUUCAAGUUUGAUGUGCGGCUGUAUGUGUUGGUGACAUCAUACGAUCCACUCCUCAUCUAUGUGUAUGAGGAGGGCCUCGCCAGAUUUGCUACAGUCAAGUAUGACCGGACAGCAAAGAACAUAAAGAACACGUUCAUGCAUCUGACUAACUACAGCCUGAACAAGAAGAGCAGUGAUUAUGUCAGUUGCGAUGACCCUGAAGUUGAGGAUUAUGGGAACAAGUGGAGUAUGAGUGCAGUGUUGAGGUAUUUGAAGCAGGAGGGAAAGGACACCACAUUGCUGAUGAGACAGGUGGAGGACCUCAUCAUCAAAGCUGUACUGAGUGCUGAGCUACAGAUCGCCACUGCCUGCAAGAUGUUUGUUCCUCACAAGACAAACUGCUUUGAGCUAUAUGGUUUUGAUGUGCUCAUUGACUCCAACCUCAAACCCUGGUUGUUAGAGGUGAACCUUUCUCCCUCCCUGGCCUGUGAUGCUCCAUUGGAUCUGAAGAUAAAGGCCAGCAUGAUUGCAGACAUGUUAUCGCUUGUAGGCUUUGUAUGUCAGGACCCCCUGUCGAGACAGCCGCGCUCUGAACGAGUCACCCUGGACCCCAGCAUGAAGCACCCAGCAGCCCAGAGAACACAGAAACCUCAUUCUGCACCCACAGCCUGUGCACACAGCAGAAUGCGCCAGAGGCCUGCAUCAGCCAGUAACUCAGAAACAGAGGGCUCCAAAGGCAAGCAAGCAGACAGCACCCUGAGCUUAACUGCUGAGGAGAUCAAGGUGCUGAGGAGGAUAAAGGAAGAGUAUGAGAGACGAGGAGGCUUCAUCAGGAUCUUUCCCACCGCAGAAACGUGGGAGCUCUACGGCGGAUAUCUGGAGUCAAAGACAUCAAUGAACUCCAUGUUGGCAAACCGACUUUUCCAUGGAAGAAAUGUGAAUGGGAAUGUGCAGCUGCAGGUGGACGCCGUCCAUGGCUGUCAUGUUGUCCAGUACGAGAGGAAGCUGCUAUCUCUGGAGGCACGUAAGAGGAGACGGCGCCACCUGACUCAUCGCUCUGCUGCUGAGAGGAAGAAAUCUGGCAAAGAAGCCAAGGCCUCCCCGAGUUCGAGCGGCAGUCAGGAGGGAGAGGAGGUGAAGCGAGGUCUAGAGCCAGGCUCACACAAGGCUUUGGUAGCAGAGCUAAGAAAACAAGUGGCCACACCACUGGAGCGCUGCCACAGUGAGGCUCCGUCCAGCUCAGAGGCAGCGGCGCACAAUGCCAGGCCCACAGUCAACCUGCUCCACAUCCUUCAGCAGGGCUGGGACCUCAGUAAAGUGCAGGCCCGGGUGGCCUUUUCCUCCUACCUGCAGCGAGUUCAGCAAAGACUGUUGGCAGAGAGCAGAGAAAAUGCAAUCCCAGCAUGGCCAGACAAGGACAAUGACCAAAUGGAGCUCGUGAUUCGCUUCCUGAAGAGAGCAGCCAGUAACCUCCAACAAGACAUUAAGGUGCUCUUGCCCAACCGCCAGCUUCCACUCCAAGAACGCAGACGAAUCCUGUCCGACCAACUAGGGGAGUUUAUUCACUGUUACAAGAAGGAAACUGACUGUAUGGUGAAAAAACAAGAGGAUAUCAAAGAGGAGCAUUGUGUAAACCCAAGUGUUUUUCAAGAGUACAUCUCCACAGCAAGUGAAAACGAUCUUGAGGAAGUACUGACAUUCUACACCCAAAAAAAUAAAUCAGCCACCGUCUUCCUUGGAACAAAAGUGAGGAGUGUGAAGAGAGAGGUUCAUGAAGUCAAUGCCGCAGGAGAUUCAGGCAACAGUUCUACUCCAAAAACUCUUCCUGUGGCCCGAGAGGAUUCCAGCGCUUCAGAGUCAUCGCUCUCCACGGGGAAAGUCAGCAGUGACCUAGACAUCAAGGUCGCUGAGAGUCAGCCUUCUGUCUGUGCUCUUACUGAAGAUCAGUCAGCAUUCAGAACGGUUAAAUCACAGCCGGAGGUCCAGGCCUCCCAGCACUGCUCCAGCUUUCCUGCGACUUUAGACUGCACACAUAUUUAUCAUCAGCAUUGCUCUUCGGCUCAAACAUCCCAGCCUCUGCAUUGUCCGCCGCCGCCACCACCUCCUCAGCCGCCGUCCUAUGCACAGUCCUUGGCAAAGUCUCAGUUCUGUCUAUCAGAGGCUCUCUCCAACCCUCCUGCGUACUCAUCUAUGGUCAUGGUAACACAGCCCCCGCGAGCGGUGUGGACAGCUGUUUCUUCUGGCUCUAACACAGUCGCUAAUGGGCAACCUACCCAGGUGCUCCGGAGAAUUCAGUCCUUCACUUCAUCAACAGCCAGCUCUGGAGCAGGCUCGUCCCUCCCGAGUGCCUCACACAUUUACAGCCAGAAGCUCUCCAGACCUACCUCAGCAGGACAAGUGAUCAAGAGGGGCAGCUCCAGUAAGCUGAAGUCAAACUCAGCCGGGACGAUCAAGGAAUUAAACUCCCUGUCUGCCCAAGCCCAGUCUAACCAGCAGGCCUUCAUCUCCGCCCUGCAGAAGCUGGCCAACAAGCAGGUCGCUCGCCACUCGGCCAGCUCCAGCCACAUCAACCUGCUGACACAGCAUCUGACGAACCUGAACCUGGCCAACAGGAUGCUGGGCAGAGAGAGCUUCACACUAAACCACCGAGUGGGGCAUGCUACUGCUACCACCCAUCGGCCAGUCAAAGCUGUUCACUCUGGAAAGGAUCUCUGUGGCAGCAUUAGCCACAGGCCAGUGAAGGAUCAAGAGAGUCUUUGGGAUGUCCAGAUGCAGAAUGCCUACAGCUUGGUGACCGGGGUGAACCCUCAGCAGCACUACCAGCCCACACAAGGAAGUUACCAGCUUCAGUUUGCCAUCCAGAAACUACAACAGCAAAGACUUCAGUCUCAACAAUUUCAGGACCAAAGCCAUUGCAGACACCAGGCUCCAUUUCCAGACCAGACUCCACACUCCCAGGCUCCCCCAAACUCAUCCAGCUGCCCCCCUCCUGGCUUUCAUUUUCAGCCCAGUCACAGUCAUGGUCACAGCCAUAUCCAAACCUGUGGAAGUCCUGUUCACACCCCAAAGCCACCCAGCAGUGCCAGAGAGGGACCCACCAGGAAAACAGCAACCAAGCGCCUCAUCAAGCAGACGUCAGCAGAGAGUUCAGCGAGUGGAAGUGUGUCUAGCAGCCAGCAUACAGCAUACGAUGCCAUCUGUGGUAAAACAGGUCUUUCUGUGUACCAAAAGCUGUUCCAGAGUCAGGAGCCCGCUCACAGAUGACAAGAAGGCAACCAGAGGCGCGUCCUGCCCCUCUGCUGGCCUGACAGGUGUCUCUGCAUGUAACCACAUCCCCACAGAGAUGUAUUCUGGGAAAGGACAACAGACGCAGAUGAAAGCAUGCCAGACAUCGAACAGGGCUCUAUGAACUUCGCUGCGAUACAGCUACAGACAUGCGAGAGGAGAGGCUGCGACGCCAGGAAUGCCAAGCUUUGACGCAGGUUGGGAUUUUGUUCCCGCAGCUCAACAUCAGUUGGCCUUUUCAGCUCCCUGCCCCACUCCCCUCCACUCCUUCCCCCUUGAUUACACACAGCCUAUAUACCAACAGUUGUCUGCCCUCAUUCUCUCAGUGCUACUGAUGCCACAGAGAGAUUUCACUGACAGAUGCCCUUCAGCAGAUGGUUCUUUAAGCCCCACAGAGCAUUUUAACUACAGGAUUCAACAUUUUAUUCUUUGCUCAUGUAGUGGCAUAUGCACAGUCGAUGUUUGAUGUUUGUCUUUAAAAAAGUUACUAACACAGGAAAAAUGUGGGUUUUGAUAAGUAUUGCAGAGGUUGCUUGAGCAGCUUCUCAUUCUGUUUCCAUCAAUGGUAAGAACGCUUCUUUCAUGUGUGGCUUCUGGCAUUAAACACUCCAACUCUUGGUCCUUGUUGGAGGCCAAAAUGCUGCCAAAUCAGAUUCUAUAAACAUCGCCGAAUGAUGUGUUAAAGUACAGCAUCCUUUUCCUAUAGGCUUAGAAUGUUUGUGAUUGUUAGAGCUUGAUUUGUUGCAGCCUUGUUACCUCAUCAGAAGGACAAUGUAGCACUGGUGUCUGGCCCUUUAUAUCAUAGUUGUGGUUAUUUACUGUUGAGAUGCUAAUGUGGAUUUUUAGUGGAUGGACCAAAUUUAUUACUAAUUUUAGGUAAAUAAUUGUUAUUAUAUGAGUAUUUAUUUAUUGUAAAUUGUCCAACAGACGUCAGUUUUAGCAGUUUCUGUAGCUGAAAGCAUAACAUGACGAGGAGUCAUGGUUACGCACAGCCUUCUCCUAUGAUGAGGGUUAAAGCUGCACCAGCAGACCAGUGUUCUUGUGGAUUACCUGUUGCUUGGGACCUUAUAGUGAUUCACUCAGGGUGUGUUAAUUAUCUUGGAUGUUUAUAAAAAAAAAAUCUGUAAAUGUUUAUGAUGACUUUGUCAGAAAUACUUGAAUUUUAUGCAUGUCUUUGUCAUAGCAACUGAUGAUGAUCAUCAGAGGGAUUUUGCACAGACUAGUUUUCAAUGCAGUACAACAGAACUGGUUUUAAUACACUUGUAUGUUUUUUUUUUCUGUGACUGUGAUCUUGCAGUCAUGUUGUGGAUUUCUACUGUUAAAGCCAGUGCAUGCUGUCUAACAAGAAUACAACAGUACAAUCCAAAUCCAUGUGAUGUUCUCCUGUGGUGAUACAAAGUUGUUUACAGCCUUGUCCUUUGUUCUGCUUUGUUGCCAAUUGUUUGCAACACAUGCAUGGAAAUGUAAUAUUUUUGGUAUAAUCUUGGCAGUCUAUUGAAAAAAAAAAAAAACCCACUGACAUUUAUACCUAGAAACCAUGAAGCAUACAUAUCAUAUCAGUAAAUGUGACAACUUCCAGUGUACAGCAUGUGCAGUGAACACUCACUGGACCUUGGUUUAAAUGUUUAACCCCUCCAGUUGGUUUUAAUGUAUUAACCUUUCAAGUAAAUAAAGUGUUAAAAAAUACUUAAUACAAAAAGAUCAAAAACAAGAAAGUAGAGCAAUUCCAUCCAACUGUCCAUUUUUUUUAAUUAAAAAAAAGGUGUUUCCAAGAGUAAUAAGAAAAAAAGAUUUACAGUUUGUGAUCUAGUUAAGUGUUCACUUAGUGACAUACAAAGUCUCAUACAACAGAAAGGCUUCACUUUACAAAAAAAAAAAAAACAAUCCCUGGAAUCACUUUCCUGUUGUAUUACAGAGGUAAACAAAACCAUGGAAAUACUACUUUGAAAUAAACGUUGGUUUCCAGCA